GAGCAGGCUUGCGUUGAGAAUGAUGAGGCAGGGCCAGGCUACUACGAGCAAGUGGCGGAGUCCUUUCGUCUCUUUGAGGGUGACUCUGAUGCCGUCCAGAACUGGGCUGAGGCCAGUGGCACAGACGUCGCUAGUCAUAUCCGGACCGUCUUCGAGGCGGCAGCAUAUACGGAUCCGUCGACACGUGCGGCGAUGGUUGAGCGAGGGAUCCAGAUGCAACAGCAGCUCCUCAAAGAGAAGCGGGUCAAGAAGAGCGAAAAGUUGGUUCGCGCCGCCAGCAAGGCUCUGGAGAUCGCGAGGGCAGACUCAGGCUACAGAACCGCCAAAGCGCUAGCAGAUGCUGCAUUUCUCGAAGUGUCCGAGCUGAGAACUAAAUGGACGGUGGUGCAGGAGUUUGGUACCAAAGAAGAUGCUUUGCGCUUCGUCCUGGAGUGUCAACCCUUUGACUACCGCCCGGCUGGAGAUGCCUUCGACGACUUCCCUCGCUUCCAAAACAGUAAGGACUGCUUGGCCUACGUUAUGGCGCUGGAACCUUUCCCCUCUGAGUUUCAAAGCCUCUUGGAUAGACAG